GUGAACGAAAGUCAGACUUGAAUGGACACAGCUUCAUCAACUUGGAUUUGCAUGAACUAAUAAGGCUUGCAUCUGUGGCGAUUUGGACCUUUGAUGGUGGAUUGAUGCUAGAGAUCCUUGCUCCCUUGGAGUCUAUCUUUCUUUGAGGUGAGUUUAACUUAUUAUUUGGGGAUUCUGGUGGAGAUUUUGUGAAGAGGUUGGGCUAAAGACAGUAAAGAGUUUCCUCCUCCUUCAAGUAUUCUGCCCUGGUUAGCAGAAACUACAGGAGGGGAGGGGAAAAUCUAAAAACCCUGUCCAGUACAGUAGCUGGACAAACUUUGAAUUAAAGCACAGUGCUCUUCUCAAGAAUGCUGAGAAUAUACACUGAACUCUUUGCCUUCUUUUGGGAAGAUUUCCUAUAGCCAGAAGACUCUGAAUCCACACACAAGAUUUUGGAUGUUUUUAAAAAACAAAAUAGGAACUAAAUCUCUUUCUCUCAUCAUUUCAAUGUUAUGCACAUUUAUCGCAAAUAUAAGAUGCUAGUUACAGUUGGCAACUCACUAAAGUGACAUUUAGUCAAUGGGCAUCUUGUUUUUAAUUGUUUUAUUUUAGUUGGAAUAAAAGUUAUGUUUAAAUUAUGCCUGAAAAUAUUGCAGUAGAAGUGAGAUACUCUGAACUGUCUGGUUUUCUUUGUUUGUUUAGCAUAUAAAUCUUUGCAUUAAAUAAAGUAUCUCCGUUUUGAAAUCAUUAUGCUGCUUAUAUUUGAAGACACAUAACAGUUUCCCUUGCGUAGGAAACGCUGAAAGACAAUGUAUUAUUUGGAAAGCAUGUGAAACAUGGCUAGUCUGAAGGGAUAUACAUAAAUUGUUUCCUGCGAUGACCUCAGAAUUACAAUAUUUUCAUCUGAGAUAGCCCUGAUUAAAAACAAGUUAACUAGACAUUAAAAGAAAACCACCUUUUGCAGUGGGUUGAUUGAUCACAUGAGAUGAGGUGCAUAUCAUAAAAUGCCAGUUGCCCUAACACAAAGAGCGCUCCUUUACCAAGAAAAUUGUUCCCUUGUGUAUUGCAUGUUUAAAUAUAUUUUCACGCUAAAUAAAAGAUGCUUCAGUGCAUACUUCUAUUUUCACAAGCACUCCUGUUUCUGAGAACUCCUGAGAUGAGGAAAAAUUGCUUGUAGCCUGUGCUUUCCAUGGGAAUAAAUGAGGAGCCAGUACUCAUGUUUUGAUAAACAUGCUGUGGGUACCAGCACACAGUGGUUGCCAUAGGUAGCAAAAAAAAAGAGGAAAUGGUAUUCUGUACUGGUGAGUAUGGUAAUAAAAAGCACUGCUUAUAACUAUGGUUGCAGUUCCAACCGUGUCUACUCAGUAAGUCCCAUUGAAUUUAGUGGGGCCUACCCCCAGGAAGGUGGGGUUACAAUUCCAGCCUAAGAAACUUGACUGUGGGGGAAGUUCCAGUCAUUUAUCCCAAUUCCACCUCCCCACACAUUACUUCAUCUGUGCCCCACUUUCCCAUCUGCCCCUGAGCUGUUGCCACAGGCUAAAAGCAUGAGAUAGGGCCAGGCCUGCUUCUGCUCUUCCAAACUUUGAGGAGGAAAGAGGUACAGAAUAUUUUCCUGUUCUAACCCAGGAACUGUGAUUGGGUGGUGCUGUUUAGUUGUCUUCCCUUCCACCAACAGAACUGAAUUCGUAUUCAGAAUUCGUAUUCGUAUCACAGAAUAGGGUUUUCUCAUGGGUCUCCUAAGAAUGUGCUUCUGAAAACUGGGGGGCCCUUGGAAAAGGGUGCAGUGUGGAGGGCCGCAGGGGGGGAGGGGGACCACAGAAGUUUCCCCAUUGUAUGAAAGGGACAGAAAUUACACGCUGAAAUUAUCCAAUGAUUUGCUAGUCCAGCAUGCUUUUCUUCUUCUUGUGUCACAAGAUGGAUCAAUAGAUUCCACUUUUACAAUGCUGAUCUAUUUCCUCACCUACUGGAGUUCCUUAUUCCCCGUAAGCACUGGGUACUUUCUUAGUGCAUGUUUCAAUCUACAUUUAUUAAAGUAAUGUGAAAUAUUUUCAUUAGCCAUGCAAAAUCUCACGCUGUGCUUCUAACAUUCUGCCUUUCCAAAUUCUUUACAGAACUAAGAGUCAGAAAAACUAAAGUUUUUGGGGGGUCUCUCUCUCUCCUUUAAAGAAACUCCAUGGGAAAUAUAGGCACACUCAAUUCCAAGCUGUUUACAUUCCUAAACAGUAGCACUCACUUUUCUGGGACUAUAAACAGUAGCACUCACUUUUCUGGGAUUAUAAACAAAGCAAAUGCAACAUGUGAACAACUCGGGUGAAAUCUAAGAAUGAACAUCCACUUUAUGUUUGAAACCAAGGGAAGAUGAUGAGGAAAAAGCAUUUUUUGGCUUGGCUCCUGCAUCCUGUUAUAGGCUUGCUUGCAGAGCUUAGGAAAGAGGCUUACACAUUCCAUUUACGCAACAUCCGCAAUGAAACUGUUAAUGAGGGGCAACAGCAAACCCAGCCGAUGAGUAUUGGCAGGACUGUAGCCCAAGUGGGGCCACUGAGUAACAGGAGAGGUAUCAACAUGUUCAGGGGAGCCCUGAAGUUUGCAGAAGUAGGAGUAGUUCUUGGGACAGGGGACUUAAGGUAUGGCACCUCUCUCUCGUGGGUGGGGGGACAACGCAACCCAUUGAAAUCUGAGCACAUUUAGAGGCCACAGAAUCUUAAGUGUAUAUUGGGAGAAGGGCAGGAAAUGGGGAAGUGGAAUGCAGUAUCCCCAAAGAGCUGGAAUGGGGAGCAUUUAGUUGGCUUUAAAAAAGGAUUAGACAAAUUCACGGAGUACAAAGCUAUCAAUGACUACAGGCUGUGAUGACUAUAUUCUACCUUCACUAUUGGAGACAUUAUGGCUCUGGAUACCAGUUGCUUGGAAUCACAGCUGGAGAAAGUGUCUGCUUUCUAUAGGUAUCUAUCUAUCAUCUAUCUAUCUAUCUAUCUAUCUAUCUAUCUAUCUAUCUCUAUCUAUCUAUCUAUCUAUCUAUCUAUCUAUCAUCUAUCUAUCUAUCUAUCAUCUAUCUAUCUAUCUAUCAUCUAUCUAUCUAUCUAUCUAUCUAUCUAUCAUCUAUAUAUUUAAAAUUGUAUACCGCCCCUCAUCCAUAGAUCUCAGGGCAGUUCACAACAUUACAAUAUAAAAAACACAAAAUACAUAAUAAAAAUAAGAACAAAAACACACACUAAUAAUUCCCCCUCUGACUGAUGUCAAUCAGUGGUUAGGCAAUGUGAGAAGGGGAUGCGUCAUCCUCUAGGGCACGUUCUAUGUUCUUAUGUUCAUUCUGCACAGCAACAUUUUGCUAGAUAUAUAAUAUACAGUGGUACCUUGGUUUACAAACAGUCCUGUUUACUAACUAUUCGGUUUAUGAACUCCGCAGAACUGGAAGUAGUGUCCUGGUUUGCGAACUUUACCUCGGUCUAAGAAUGGAAGCUGAACAGUGGAAGGGCAUCGGCGGCGGGAGGCCUCAUUAGGGAAAGCGUGCUUCGGUUUAAGAACAGACUUCCGGAACGGAUUUAGUUUGUAAACAGAGGUAUCACUGUAUAGUUAUAUUGCUUUUUUGUAGAAUCUGUUUUAAAAGAACAGGGAUUAUAUCCAAGAUGUUUAUAGCAAUGCACUGCUGGGGGGCAGGGGCGGGGAAGCCUUGCCGUUUCCACUGUAGAGCAAGCAAUUAGUAUUGUUCACCCAUAGCUCUUAAUAUGUCUUGUAAUAUGUGCUUACCGUACACAGCAAUUGUGUAUCUAGUAGUUCUGCUUUUUCAGACAAAUAUUAGCAGAUAGAUCUGCUGGAUUACGCCUGUUUGCUCAACAAAGUAAGCAGAACUCAGCCAACGAGUGUUGGUUUCUGUACACAGUGACCCCUUUGAAAAAGAAGCACAAAACAGAGCUCCGUUUGUGCCUUUUCUUCCCUUUGUAGAGGCUUGCGCAAAAGGUUGACUGCAUGCGCUGUGCUGCGUGGCUCCUUUUGUUCCUAAUGUGCCUAUAAUGUUUAAUUAAAUAGUAGUAAGGAUUUCCAGUGAGUGGAGUGGAAAAAGUUUAUAGAACCAUUUGCUUGGUCCUCUCUCUCUCUUAGCAGCUGCUUCCUGGACAUACUGGCUUUUAAUAAUGUACUCCAUUCUGACUUCUAGAGAGCUUAAGAACAAGCAUUGUGAUGGGGUUUGUAAACGGGACUUGUACCUUUUAGGAACAGUUUACAAGCUGAGUGGCUUCUCAUCUAAAGAUGUCUUGCAAGAUGAAGAAAGCCCACUUCAAAGAAAUGGGAAACUGAGGCUAUGGCAGAGACCCCCCAUUUUAACAGAGAAGGUAGAAAUUGGAGAUUGUUUAAAAGCCUACUUUUGCCAUUCUACAGCAUCUUCCUCUUACUGUAUAAUGAAAAGACUUCCAAGAUGGACUAUGUUAAAGUAUUUAUUUUUUUUGGGGGGGGGGAGAAAGAGCAAAACAUAUUCUCUUCCAGAAAAUAUCUCUCUUAUUCAAGACACAGAGAAAGAGGCAGUUUCAAAAGCUGACUUGGUGGAUGAUAUCUAGCUAAGGCAGCCCUAUAUCAGGAAGUUGUCAUUAAAGGCAGCAACUGUUUUAGGUGCAUCUGAUAUGUGUGCGACCAUGAACAUGCGCAUCUUGCUGAACCUGUAAGUGACCCAAAUACACACAAAAAGGGGGAGAAUGGGGCAGGGCAGGGGCAGAAUGGGGUGUUUGCAGGCUUUUUCAAUGGUGUUUCAAAUAUACGCGAUUCCACCUAAAUGUGUGGUAUCUGGGAACGUAACCCCCAUAUAAAUUAGAAGUUGCCAUCAUCAUCAUCAUCAUCAUCACUGCAAUCCAGUUCUUGCCCCUUGCCCUGGCAGGGCUUUAUGGAGUGGCUGGACCACCUCUUAGCGCAUCCACAGUCCUACCACACACUGCAACUGGAGCGGAAGUUAGGACAGGAAGAUAGCUGGCUGUGCAAGCCUAGAAAGCUAUGAUGGCAGUGAGAUCUGAAGGGGACCCAGCCUAGAGAUGGGGGAGAAAUUUGAUUCAGUUGGCAUUUAAAUCCGCAGUUUUCAAAGCUGUAUGAGAACCAAAACGCAGUCUUCCUUUGAAAUUCGCAUGUCUCUGAAUUUUGCAAUGCAAUUCUCCAACCAAACAAUGCUUACAAAAAAUAUUAGGGGAAAGUGUGAACAUAUUUGUGAAAACAACAUACAAAAAUGCAUCGUAGGAGGGGAAAUUGCUUGCAAAUUAGUCAAGGCUGCAUACAAAAUGCUUUACUCGAAGAAAUUCAUUCUAAAACGCUGGUGGGUUUUGAUGAGGAUUUGAAAAAUAAAGAAAUCUCAGAUUUGCUGCAGAAAUGUGGAGAAUGAAAUUUAAGCAUGGAAAAUGAGAAACAGAAAGAACUGAAAAGGGCAGCUCCUUCUGUCCCCUGGUCCAAAAGUUCCUGGGCCAACUCAUCCCCUACCCACCUUCAUCACAUCCCAUUGGGGACUUUCUGUUGGCUACUGGUAGCGAGGAUCUUACGAGGGCUGCUCUACCACCUGCACAUUUGACAGAUGAAAGAUGGAGUGCAGGGACAGAGUGUCACUUGUCACAGCCAUAGAGCUGGGCAAACAAGUAACACAAGCACAAGGGGUUUGGAUUGCUCUGUUAGCCCUACUCAGAAUAGACCCAUUGAGUAGAGGCUUCUGAGUUGAAUAUCGGACUUCUGAGUAAACAUGCUUAGAACUUGGCUGUAAGAUAUGUAGGGCCCAAAGCCAUUUGGGGUUUAUAGGUUAAAUCCAGUAGCUUGAAUUUGAUUGGAAAGCAAGAGGACCUGGAGCCUAUUGUUGCAACACAGAUUUUAUUCUCUGGGAAACUGGGUGCCAACCUCACUGCUCUCCCCAUUGCUUUAGUUACAAGGCAAACCGCUCUGUGCUGCACCAGCUGUUAAGUUUCUGACAGCUCCUAGCAUUAAUAUGGCAUGUUCCCUUGCCAUUUUUUUGUGGCACUUGUGGUAAACUAGAUGCAGAUAUAGCUUCUGUUUAACCUUUAAUGUCUGCUACUUUUAAAAAAGGUUAUUUAAAAAGAAAAAAGUUUAAAGGAUAUGAUUUACAGUUUCCUUUAAUUGCCAACCCUAGUUUGUCAAACGCUGAGAAAAUAGUUCACUAAAAAAGGAAUUGUCCCAAAUUAAACAUUGUUGCAUUUGAAUGGCAUGACGUUCCAUGGAAAGUUCAAGACUAGCACAAACAUUAUGAUGGGAUGCUCUAGGGCUCAAAAUCUUUGCUAAUGUUAGAGAAAUACCUCGGCUAAAUACAUCAACUAAUAGGUCUUACCUAAGCAAAGUGAGACAUUUACAGGCAACCCCAUUUUGCGUGUGUUCAAAGCAUGCACAAACAUGCAGAAGUGAGUCAUUUUUGGACCUGGAAGAGGGUGGUACAGGGGUGGGGCAGAGGUGUAAUGGGGCAUAACAGGGCUGGGUGGGCAUAUGCGUGUUCCAUCAACACAUUUGAUGGCCAGAAAUGCACCAAAAUGUUGCCAUUAUGGGUUCCUACUGAACGUAUUCCCAGCCACUCCAUUCUAUCCCUUGUGGGUCCCCCAGGUAGCAUUUUUUGCCUACUGAGGAUGCUCAAUCCAUUCUGGAAUUUUUUUUGGGGGGGUCUCAUUCACAGAGGUUUUUUCAUCCUCUGAAAAUCAUGCUUGAAACCUCUCUCUUGUGUGUGGAUGAUACUGUUUGGGCUACAUAAGGAUUGGCACUUUACCCUUGAACUACAUAAAUAAAAAGAAAUAUUGACUUGUUAAUACAAGAAAAGCUGACAUAAUUUGCAACUUGCCUAGUAAAAUGAAGUCUCUCUAAGGUAUUUGUUUAAGCAACAACACAUUGUUCCAUAUAUGUAUAAUAUAUACCAUAAUAAAUUGUCAUAAACUUACACUUACCCUCUCACAAUUCUGAAGGCAAACCUGUUUAGUGAAGUUUUUAAUUUUUGAUGUUUUAUCAUGUUUUUAAUAUUCUGUUGGGAGCCACCCAGAGUAGCUGGGGAAACCCAGCCAGAUGGGCAGGGUAUAAAUAAAUAAACAACAACAAUUAUUAUUAAGCAUGGAUUUGUGGAGAGAUGAGAAACAAAGGUGUGGGUUUGCAAUAGGUUUUUCCAGAGAGCUACAUCCCAAGAAGUGUCAGGUGGUAGAUUAGCACCACAAAUUUCCACCUCCAAAAGUGGUCUACAUCUUCCUCUUCCACAUAUCCCUUACCUCUCAGCUUUCUGAUACUACAUCUCUUGCCUUCUCAGUAAAAAUGUUCCAGAGGAGAUGGUAGGCACAGAAUGAUGAAGUGGAAUAUUCUUAUAAAGAUUUCUUUGAUUGAUUGAUUGAUUGAUUGAUUGAAGACCAAAUGAUGAAUCAACUAACAGCCUCAGUACUCUGCAACCAGAUGAAUGUCACUGUUUUGUAUUUCCAAUCACUGUUAUUGCAUUGCUUAUUAGAAAUUGCCUAAUUGCACAUUUACUGCUGCAAUGUCUUAUGGUGAUUUUUAUUUCUAAAAUGCCCUUGUACUGUAUACCAUAUUUGUGUGAGUUGGUUUUGGGACUAAUAUUUGCUCAGUUGAUAAUGCUUUGAUUCUGCAUUUUCUCCCUUAUAGGGACAAUGCCACUGGACCUGCAUUGAGUAAUCUCUGGGUCUGAGUAAUCCUGGGUUAGGUAAAGGGAUCCCUGACCAUUAGGUCCAGUCGUGGCUGACUCUGGGGCUGUGGCGUUCAUCUCGCUUUAUUGGCGCAUGCGUGUGAUGUCAUUUUGAGCGUCUACGCAUGCACGAGCAGUGAAACCUGGAAGUAACGUACUCCAUUACUUCCAUGUUACCGCGGAGCGCAAUUCAAAUGCGCUCAACCCAAACCACAUUCAACUCGAGGUAUGACUGUACUUGCACUUUGACAUGCUUUCGAAUUGCUAGGUUGGCAGGAGCAGGGACCGAACAACGGGAGCUCACCCCGUCGCGGGGAUUCAAACCGCCAACCUUCUGAUCAGCAAGUUUAACCCACAGCGUCACCUGCGUCCCUGGGUUAGAUUGGACAUUAGGCACUAAAUAGGACCCCAGCCUAGAUGAUGUUGUGGAUGAGAUCACUGCUAAUAAGUUUAAUAAAGCUGGGAGCCUAAAUCUGAGUUCCCCUGCCAGGCACUCUACAGAACAAUAUUUAGAUCUGUGCUAGAUAUGCAUUUAUAUAAUCUACAGCCCAUUUAAAUGGAAUGUCGCUUUCUUUCUUUUUCUUUUUUUUUAAAUGAUAUUUAUUAAAAUUUCAAAAGGAAAAGAUUACAUUAAAAAGAAAAUUAGCAGUAAAAAGAAAAGAUACAAAAUACAAAAAAGAAAAAAAAAGAAAAACCAAUUAAAAACAAUUCCAUCUUUUCAUCACUUCUUUUACAUUUACUUGUUUCCCAGACCUCCUCAUACCUCCCUCUUUUGUAUUCCAAUUCAAUUUAUUAAUCCAGCGAUUCCUUUCCCUCCUUUUUAAUCCUGAUCUUUAAUCCUGAUAUAUUAUAACAUUAAAUUUUUAGAUAUUAAAAACCAAUUUUUCCAUAUUCUUUUAUACCAUUACAGCUAGAAACCACUUAACUUCAAUCCAACAUCAUUCUAACAUUCAUUAAUUUUGCAAUGUUUCUGUAAAUAGUCUUUAAAUUUCUUCCAAUCUUCUUCCACCGACUCUUCUCCCUGGUCUCGGAUUCUGCCAGUCAUUUCCGCCAAUUCCAUAUAGUCCAUCAUUUUCAUCUGCCAUUCCUCCAGUGUGGGUAGAUCUUGUGUCUUCCAAUACUUUGCAAUAAGUAUUCUUGCUGCUGUUGUAGCAUACAUAAAGAAAGUUCUGUCCUUCUUUAACACCGAUUGGUUGACUAUGCCCAGGAGGAAGGCCUCUGGUUUCUUAAAGAAGGUAUAUUUAAAUACCUUUUUUAAUUCAUUAUAAAUCAUCUCCCAGAAAACCUUAAUCCUUGGACACGUCCACCAAAGGUGAAAGAAUGUACUUUCUGUUUCUUUACAUUUCCAACAGGAAUGUCGCUUUCUCUUAGCUAAAGUGCUUUUCUUAAUUUAUUUGUUUGCAUUAUUUUAUUAUUCCCCUGCUCCAUUCAACGAAACUGACAGAUAGUGAUGGGAAUUAUUAUUUCUUAAUGCAGUUAUUUCUAUAACUGAUAAAUGUUAAGAAUUGUCCAAUUAGAUCAGACUUGAUUAGCUAGUUCUUAAAACAGAGCCAUUUGUCAUUAUUAGGUGGAAAGGAGACUGGAGACAAUUACUCACAAGGAAACUAAAAUGAGGAAAUGUAAAAUAUUAAAUUAAUCAGGAUGGAGGAUCUGCUAAAUAGGAAACGAGCCGCCCUGCUCAGCUGCCUGCUGAACUGUGGUCUGAUUCUUGAAUAGCCACAAGUGUUACACUUUCCCAUGUGCAGCACUUGGGAGGAGCUCCUCUGAGUAAAAGUAAUGACAUGAAAGCAGGCCUUCAGAAGACUAUGGUCCAACUGAAGAGUAUUCAUUUGCUGUCAGGUGCUGGGCAGAGGAGAAAUGGUGGAGACCGCCUCCCCAGCCUGACCCUUCCAGAGAAGAGGAAGGCAGUAUAGAUUUACAACAGGGGUUUGAGGGAGGUCACAGCUCAGAGGCGGAUGAGGGGGAAAGUUGGGAAAUAAUGGGAGAGGAGGAGGAGGAGGAGGAGGAGGAAGCAGCAGGAGGGCAACAGCUGACAGACACAGUGUCUUUAGAAAACAUUCCAGACCCUCCAUCUCCCAGAAUCCGGCGAGCCUUGAAAGUAGGAGAGCAAAGAGCUCAAAGACAGAGGACACGUAGCAGCACCCAUGGAAGAGACGAUGAAAAUGACAAAUGAGGAAGUGGGAGAAACAAGGGGUAGAGAUUCACUCGGGACAAUGCCAAUAUCAAGUAAAUAUCAAAUAAAAAUAGGAUGAUAAGAAACAUCCCCUUGUCUUGUACGUUCCUGGGCAACCAGCCUGGAGUUGCUGGCAGCAGCCUGACAUUUGCUCUGCAUCAUACCACUUGAGUGUGACAUACUAAAUUGCAACAAUAUUGACCCAACAAAUUAAUUUAAGCUGCAAUGGUGAAUCUAGGCAUCCUUAAAGAUUUAUCUCCCCUCCCUUCUUAAAUAUUUUGGCCUAAGGUAGACUUCUCUAACAAAGUGCUCUCCAAAUGUUGUUAGAACUCCAAUGCUCAGCCCCAGCCAGGAAGGUCAGGAUGAAGAGAGUUGUGCUGUAAAACAUCUAAAGGACAUCUGGUUGGGGGUGGCUUAAAGAGAGACCAAUGGCUUUGGCAAAAAAUCAGAUGGAGACCCUUCACUCCAAAACAUUUCAUGGCCUCUUGUGUUCUGGAAUCCAUCAUUUAACAUAAUUUAUCAUGAUCUCAUUCACAAUGAAGAGAACACAGAGGAGAAUUUCUUAGAAAUGAAUCAGCAAAACAGCCCACAAAAAGUCAAGGAAAGCAGAUUGAAAGGGAGCAGAUGAACCUUUGGAUGAGUAGCACCUUCACGAUACUAAAUCUUCUGUCACAUCAGUGGGAAAGUUUAAGUCCAGCUGUUUUCAUCUAGGCUGGGUCCAGAAUCAUAGCUCAUACAUCAUUCCAUGCUGCACCACAGUAAAGAUGGAAACUAAGGAUUUGGGCCUGUCAUGUAAAAUAUUCACUGUCUGGAAAAAGCAUUUCAAUCACUUGGGGGUUUGGGUAGGGAAACUCUCUUAAGAGUAACGUAGAAAAUCUCAUGGGCUAAAUGCCCAGAAAGAGAUUCUCAAGGGAACCAUUUGCUAGGCUAGAAGAGUGUAUUGGUGUGUUUCCAAAAUGAUGUAUUUCUUUAUCUAUUUAUCUAUUUAUUGAUAUCGUCAUUUCAACUGAGUUUUUAUCAUGCCAGGAACAAGACAUUUCCACAUCCUGACAGUCUAAUCCUUUUUUUGCUUUUUGCCACUAUCCUCUGUAGAGCUGCAAGCAAAGUAUUGUAUGCAGCAGCUAAAGUGUCACCCUGUGCAAGGCAAGUGGAACAGACUUUCAUCCCUCCCCUCCAUAGCGAUAUAUUCCAGCAAACAACUGUGUUGGCACUAAGAAGAAUGGGAAGCCUGGGAGAGGGGAGAAUACCAAAGCGUUUUACGUGCUGAGUAUGCAGUACUGUCUAGGCCAGCUCCUACUGCAUCACAGUCAUUUCUUGGUAACUGCAGUGAUGUAAUCAGUACUAUUGAAUGAUUAAUUAUUUGGCUGGAACGUGUCCUGCCCCCCCCCCUUUAAUCAUGCUGCUCAACUCAUUUGGGUAAAUAGGCAAAGUCCAUUUGUAUUAAGGAACUGGUUUGUAGACUGGAUUGCCAGUGUUCCAUUUCUGAUUGAAAAGCCGCAUCCCCUUCCUCCUCCUCGUGAUCGUUUUAUUUUUUUACUGGAAAGCCCACUGGCAAAUAUUGUGAUAACCUUAAAAGUCCAUUAUUGACAGUGUGAAGCCUUCCUGCAUCAUGAUUUUCCUCUGUAUGUUAUUUACACUUUGGGUCUUUAAAAGCUGAAUAUGUCAGUCUAAAGAUUGCUAACACCUUGAAAGGGCUCAAAGGCUUAUGUCAGGAUUGCACAACUGACAUAAGGUGUGGAAACUUUUUCCUCUUGACGGCCAUAUUCUGAUGGGGAAAGUUGCCGCAGUGUCGCUUACACAUAUGUGGUGAGAGAAGCCAACUCCCCACACCAUUUGCGUGCCCAGACAUACAAGCACACACCCACACACCAAAGUGCAUUCACAAUCACACAACCUCAAUGAAAUCCACCCCCCUACACACAUAACAUUCACACAAUUGCAAACUCUUAACACAGAAGAAAAUAAAACUCACACAUUUUGUCUCAGGCCUAAAAUAAAUAUUCAUGUUGUAAUUUUCUCUCUUGGCAGGAAGCCCUCUUCUUCUGGAUGGUAACAAUAAAUAGAUCCUGUUUUGACCAUAAAAGAAGAACUGCACACACCACAAUCAGACUGGGCCUAAUAUGUGCUUUCAGGAAUCUGAGUCUUUAGGAAGGAUGCAGUUGUGUUGUGAACACAUAAAUGGCUCCUGCAUAAAGAGCAGCUGGUCAAUCAGCAUUCGUAUUUCCAUGUAUAUCUUCAUGGUGUGUGUGAUCCUGGCUACCCUAGCUGGCAAUUUGACUGUGAUCAUCUCAAUAUCGCACUUCAAGCAGCUCCACACCCCAACCAAUUUCUUAAUCCUCUCAAUGGCCACAGUGGACCUUCUCCUUGGUUUCCUUGUCAUGCCUUAUAGCAUGGUGAGGUCGGUUGAGAACUGCUGGUAUUUCGGAGAAUUCUUCUGCAAAAUCCACACCAGCAUCGAUAUCACUCUGAGUACAGCCUCCAUCUUCCACCUCUCUUUUAUCUCCAUUGACCGCUACUACGCCGUGUGUGACCCACUGCGAUACAAAGCAAAGAUCAGCACAGGGGUCGUAUUGAUCAUGAUCUUUGUAAGUUGGGUCUUCCCUGCUACAUUUGGCUUUGGGAUGGUCUUUUUGAAGUUAAACAUGAUUGGAGCAGAAGAGACCUUCUAUAAGCUGAUCUAUUGCGUGGGAGGCUGCUUUGUCUUCUUCAAUGAAACGUCAGGAGUGGUGGCCUCCGUGGUUUCUUUUUACAUCCCUGGAUUUGUCAUGUUAUGUGUCUAUGGGAAGAUAUACACUAUAGCCAAAAGGCAAGCCAGGUCCAUUAAGGCUGCUGCAAACCAAAUACAGAUCAGAUUUGAGCAUCACAUUUCACACAGCAGAGAACGAAAAGCAGCCAAGACUUUAGGCACUGUGGUCGGGGUCUUCCUCAUCUGCUGGUUCCCAUUCUUUUUCUGCACGGCAACAGACCCCUUUAUGAAUUAUGCAAUACCUCCCAUUCUCAUUGAUGCCCUGGUUUGGUUUGGUUACUUGAACUCCACCUUCAACCCAAUUGUUUAUGCGUAUUUUUACCUAUGGUUUCGAAGGGCCUUGAAGAUGAUUGUACUGGGGAAGGUUUUUCAGCAAGAUUCAUCCAGGACUCAGCUCUUUAUGGAGUGAAGCACGUCGAGCUUUGAGAGCAUAUUCUUCAGUAUUUUACCAGGCACUGUCCAUUUUGAAGCAGAAGGUCAAAGUGAAAAAGCAUGUGCGAUGCUUCAGUGCAGUUGCUCCAGCAGCCCCAUCAUGGCCCAGAAACAGGGUGCUGACCAAUAACCAACCAAGAGAGAAGUAUGGGUGCCAAUGGGCCAUAACUUAUUGGCAAACAGACAUAGGCGGAGCAAGCAUGCAUUGGGUGACAAUCUGUUGACAUCAAAGACUUUCAACCUGUAAGCCAACCUUCAUUGGCUGGGGCAUCCAUUUGGUGGGUUUUCCAGCUCUGAGAGACCAGUGUGGUACAAAACCAAGCAUCUGAGACCACUGGUAGCUUGAGAUGGCUGCUCAGCAGCCCAGCCCCCUGGACCUUGAGCUGGGAACUGCUCACCUUUCAGGUCCCCUAAAGGGAAUCCCCUUUAUCCACCCAGCCUACCCAAUUCUAUUUCUGCCAAGUCGCAACAAAGAAGAAGGAACACAUAACAGAACUCUUGCUACCCACCUAGAGAAAGACUAAGGACCAGUUGAGAUUGAGUGUGAAAUUUUGAAGUUUUGUCUACUCAUGGAAAAGGAGGAAGGAGGCAGAGUGAGAUGGUAGCUGGUCCUUUAAAAGGUUCAUGCAACCCCACAACUCUAGAAGAUCCCACUAGAAGAUCCCUGAUAUUGCAAAAGCCCCCUCCUUCUUCCUUUGCCAUGGCAGCCCUCCCAACCAUCCUGGCAGCUCUCAUGAGUUCACUGGGCCAAGGGUUGUAGCUGUCAAACUGAUCAGCAAGCAGGUCACAACAUUUUUAUUGUUGCUUUGGAUUUGGGAAGGAUUUGGAGUUUGUUACUGCUAUGAGUUUGGGGAGGACAAAAUAGGCUGUAUGCAAGAUCCUUCAAAACCCUGGUUUCAGUAAAUGUUAAAAUAUAAGCCAGGCUAGCUUCCUGUGUUGAGGUGGUAGCCUGGGUGAUGGGCUGUUAAGAGAACAAAGGGCUCUGUGUGAGACAGAGAAUAGGUAGCCCCCCCCCCUGACAAAACCAAGUUUGGAGGAGAGAGUUAGCAGUGAUAUGGCCUAGAAGGAAAGUAGCAAGCUGGGGAGAAAGGGAGAGCAACGUUUGAUUUCUGUUUGACUCCAAGGCUGUGGCUAUGAGAGAAACAAGAUGCUUUUGGGGUGUUAAUGCUGUGAACAUCUCCAUCGGACGUUCAGGUUGUAUAUAUGUUUAAUAUAAACCAUAUAUCAUAAAGACGCCCCAAUCUCUGCCAUGCCUCAUUUCCAAAAGGAAACACGAACCCUGGAACUGCUGGAAUGUUGCACUGCUCAGAGACUGGGGUGACGUGCAACAUUAUUUUAAGAGACAGAAAGUGGGAUUAAUGGCUAUGUACUUCUUUCCCGCUCUUUCCCUUUACAUUAUCACUAAUGAAAUGGCCCUUGUUUUGAUGGGAAAGGGAUUGUGAAGGAAAGAGCUGCAUAUUGCAGAGAUGCUUGGGGUUGGGUCAGGCUAUGAGGGCACUGGAACAGUGCCUUCAAAUGCAGUGCUCCACUUAACAUUUUCUAUACACAUGGUUUUUUGUUGUUGUUGUUUCUUAAACCUGUGCAGUUACCAGAUUUGUCCAGUAUGUGAUGUUAUACAAAAGAUGACAAUAAAGCACAUUUGUAAACCUU